AUAACAGUAAGGUUAUCUUUUGCUGACGUCAGUCAUUCAAGAUGUUUUGCAUAAUAAUACUUUAAAAGGUCGGCAAAAUAAGAAAAUAGACCAGUCAAGUACUUCCCGAGAGACUUGAAGACAAGACAAAAAUGAUAGCUUUGGUUAUAAUCUCCCUUAUCAGUUGUUCUGCAGCUCAACGUCCGAUUGAAGAAAAACUUCGUCUUCUUGAGCCGAUUCUUAUGCUGACAGACGAGUUGUUAGAACACCAGGGUGAUGACAAAUGCGUUGAGAAGCUGUUUUGUCUUCUCGAGACAGAAAUCGCUCGGGAUAUUGACAAUCCGCUCAUGCAUGUAUCGAGAUUUCUAACCAAUACAAGAAAUGACACCGAUCCAUCCGAUUUCCGAAAAAUAGAGGCUCUAAUACAACGAUACCCACAUGUUUCAAAGAUGUUGGAUUCAAUCCAUCUUGGACAGUCUAGUGGUGAGAGCACCGUGUGCAGCGCAGCAUUCUCAACAUGUGAAGCAGAUCCAUACGCAAUGAUCGAAGCAGCGAGGAAGUAUGACGAUAUUAAUGUUGUUGAAUUCACAAAAAAUUCACUGCAACGAAGAAAGGCCUGCACAUACAUCAAAGCAGGUUGUACCGGUCUUAAAGUUGGUUGCGGAAUAUGUGCUAUUUUUACAUACGGAACCUGUGGCUUUGCUUGUGGCGGAUUAGUUGGUGCUGCGUGUACAGCGUCAUCGCUGACCUGUACAGCCAUUGGAGUUGCACAUAUUGUUGGUUAAAUUUUCUGUUACAAACCGUAAGAGUAAAAUGAUGAAAUAAUAAAA